GAAAAAGAGCGCGGCGGAUUUGGCGCGUUUUGGCCAGAUAUGCAAAGAAGUCAGUGCGCCUUCAUUUGUUUGAAUUUGCAAAAUAGAUAUCCAUGAAGCCGGAAUAGUUGCAUUAAGGCGUUUCUAUAAUUCAGGCUACAUUUUGCAAUAGGAAAUUAUUAUUUCUGGCUCAUUUAGAGGAGCACGUAUCACCGUAAAGAAAUCAACCACACAAAUUUUUAUUUUCAGCAAGAAAGAUUUGUCUGAUCUUGACUCCUGUUCACGAAUUACAUAUCACUCCGGGGUAUUCACGAUGAAACCAACAAAAAAACCGAAUUAAACAGAGAGGAGUAAACAGAACCUAACACAUUUCGAAAAUUGAGCAAUAGUGGUUUUUACGUGAACACCCCGAAAUACUCUGCUAUAGUAAAUAUAAAGUCGAGAGAAAAAUAAUGUAGUUAUGUAAAUAUGUGUUGAUUUUUAUCUUAAAUAUUGUUCCCUAUGGAGGAAUACAAAUUUAAGCCUCUCCUUCUUGGCUCAAUCUUGAUGGGGCUUAAGUUUUUUUUUUUUACUAAAACUCGUCAAAACGAGCUUUUAGUCUCGUUCUGUGGAGGAACCACGAAACAUUGAUUCAUUUUCUCACUAGAGGCCUCCACUGUCGGUCAUCAUUUUUAAGGUCACUUUCGAUUUUGUUCCGUCAAUUUUUUUUUCAGUUGCAAAGAGAGUGGUUGGAGAUAAAUUGCGCCGUUAUGCAAUACGUGCGUGUCUCCCCAACAAAAAUCACAAACGAUUAUUCCUCAUUCACGGAGGGGGGGGGGGUCGUAUUAGCCCCCGUACAUUGAUAUAAUGCAUCAGUUUCCUCCGUUAUAAUGUGUUUUUAAUUGUCUCCAAUGAUCAGCUAUUCAGUGAAAUGAUAAGACAAGAUUUUUGUACUGAUUCCGACCAAAAAAAUCCUCCAGAUAUCUCUAGUGUUUAUUGUUGAUUUUUUUCGUGCUUAUAAUGGGCUGAAUUUUGCCUCUUCUUCGUGAGAAAAAUCAGAUCAUGAAAAUCGGAGUCUACCUAUUGGCAAUGAUUACUGUUGCGGUUUGCGCUCCUCAUGAUUCCAGCGAAACAGUCCGACAAAAAAGAGGCGUUGAUCUCCGACAGGGUGUAGCAGUGGCGUAUCCUUCGGGAUAUGGCUACCCCGGCUACUACCCUUCUCGACCUGUCGUGGGUGUCUACACUCGUGCCGAUCGGGCUCCGUUCCUUCCCUUUUUAUUAGGCAUUGGACUCGUUGAGGUAGGCGCAUUACUCGGCAGUAGUGGAUUGGGUGGUAUACUACUUGGCGGAGGAGCCCUCUUAAUCAACGGAUUGAGCGGUGUGAUUAGCAGUCUCGGUAACACAAUAGGCGGACUAUCGCCAUCAGGUGAACGACUGUAUCAGAACUUUUAAUUUUUCACAGUCACAGUACAUGACAAUUAUAUUUAAAAGUUGUGUUAUAUUAAUAAAAAUUUCUUUGAAACACUUUA